AUGUCAUCAACACCAACCAACUCAACUUCACCAACUACUGCAGCAGUUGCUACUACAAGUACCGCCGCCACAGCAGCAUUGACCAUUCAAAACAUUGACGAGCAGAUUGUUGCCGACUACAACAGCAGCAAGUUGGAUGUCGUUCAAAUCGACGGUAUCGUUGUCAUGAAGAUCAUCAAGCAAUGCAAGGAACACCUUCCAGAGUUGGUGCCAGGUCAAUUGCUCGGUCUCGACUUGGGCACUACGUUGGAGGUCUCUAACUGUUUCCCAUUCCCCAACCCACGUGACUCGGACGAAGGUGACUCGAGCGAGGGUAUCGCAGAGUACCAAUUAGAGAUGAUGAGAUUCUUGCGUGAGGUCAAUAUCGACAGUAACACUGUCGGCUGGUACACCCCAACCUAUCUCAACUCAUUCUUUAACGAGUCGGUCAUUGAAACCCAAUUCAACUACCAAGCCACCAUCAACCAAAAAUGUGUCGUCCUCGUCUACGACCCCAUCAAGACUUCCCAAGGUACCCUCUCCUUGCGUUGUUAUAGAUUGACUCAACCUUUUAUGGCUUUAUUCAAGGACCAAGAAUUCUCUAGAGAAAAAUUAGAUAGUGCCAACUUAAACUUUAACGAUAUUUUCGAACAAAUCCCAAUUAAAAUCCAUAACUCUCAAUUAAUCAAUGCUUUACUUUACGAACUUGAAACAUCGGAUUCAAUGACCUCCAACUUUGACCGUCUCAAUAUUGGCAACAACAUCUAUUUGGAAAAGGUGCUCGAAGGUAUGACCGACUGUGUCGACUCGCUCUCACAGGAGCUCUCCAAGGUUGCCGGUUACCAACGUAACUUCCAACAACAUCAACUCCAACGCAACAGCUUCAUCCAAAAGAAGGCUCUCGAUGGCCAAAAGGCAUCCGAAGCAGAGAUUGCAUCGCACUUGGCUGCCGUCCUCAAACCACUUCCAAACCCACCAUCCAAAUUAACCAGUCUUUUGCUCUCUAACCAAAUCAAUAACUACUGUGAACAAAUUCACUCCUUCUGUGAUGGAAAGAUAGUUGCCCCUAAUCUUAAUGCAGAUAUACCAAUAAAGGUUAGAUUAGUGAAUACAUUAGACACAGAGAUUAUAAUUGAACAAAUACCAUCAAAGGAUGGAUCAUUUUCUUUUUUCAAUGUACCAGCAGGAAGUUAUGUGUUGGAUGUAGAUAAUUUAAGAUAUGUUUACAAACCACAUAAAGUUGAAGUAGGAAGUAAAUCAAACUCUAUAAAGAUUAGAAACGAUAACAAUACCAUUGUUUCAACACCAAUUACUUUACAACCAGUUGCUAUUUCAAAUUAUUUCCAACAACAUGUACCAUUUAGUAUUUUAGGAUUCCUUUCAAAUCCAAUGUUUAUGAUGAUGGGUAUUACAGGUAUAUUAGUAGUUGUCAUGCCAUAUAUGACCAAUGCAAUCGAAAACGACGAAGAAGCCAAGGAAGCAUUUAAAUUAAAUGCACCAGAUAUGGUUCAAAAGGUACCUGAAUGGCAUAGCCUUCAAAUUUCACAAAAGUCUCUUCCUUCAUCCUCUCCUACUGCAUCUUCCAAAUAA